CCUCUUCUUCUGUAUAAAUCCUCUCCAUCAUCUUCUCAUUCCCCCGGCAGUGAGAGCAGAGGUUGGCCGCCAUGGUGAAGUACUCUAAAGAACCCGACAAUCCUACCAAGUCUUGCAAGGCGAGGGGAGCCGAUCUCAGGGUCCACUUCAAGAACACAAGGGAAACUGCACAUGCCAUUAGGAAGCUCCCAUUGAUUAAGGCCAAGAGGUAUUUGGAAGAUGUUAUCGCUCACAAGCAGGCGAUCCCUUUCACGCGCUUCUGCCGUGGUGUUGGCCGUACUGCCCAGGCUAAGAACAGGCAUUCCAAUGGUCAAGGUCGUUGGCCAGCCAAAUCUGCCAAGUUCAUCCUUGAUUUGCUCAAGAAUAAUGGGUUAUCUCAUUCUAAAACUGUUAAGGGUUUGGAUGUGGAUGCCCUUCACAUUUCGCACAUCCAGGUGAAUCAGGCAAGGAAACAGAGGCGUAGAACCUACCGUGCUCACGGAAGGAUCAAUCCUUACAUGUCUUCCCCUUGCCACAUCGAGUUGGUCUUAUCGGAGAAAGAGGAGCCAGUGAAGAAAGAGCCUGAGACUCAGCUGGCAACCAAGUCGAAGAAAUCGGCAACAUCGUCUUGAGCUAUCCAUCUCCUGUUUUGUUCUCCAACUAUCUCUUGUUUCUUUUAAGAGAUUUUUUCUUUUUUUCCAAAAAAAAAGAAUUCCAUAGAUCAUUUGUCUGAAGACAUAAAUGGAUGGUUUUGGAUUUUCUGUGACUGCUCUUCUUUAGUUUGAUGUGUUCAAGACACACUUGCUUCAUCAGUACUUUGUGCAACAUUAUCGACCAGUUUCGGUCGUGUUUUA